UCAUAUUGUCAAACCAAGCAACAGUUUUGUUAGGAUAAAGACAUGCAUGUGGCCCAUGAAAAUGCAACUGAACGGCUCUGAGUGACACGGCACCUACCCGCACUCCUGUCUACAACAACUGUAACUCUCAAUCCCACUCCAGAAAUAAACCAAGUGCGGACCUCCAUUCCAUUCUUCAUUCCUCCCUUUUCAUCAUCCAGAGCUUCUUCUCAGUAAUCAGCAUGAAAUCCUCUCGCAGAUCUCGUUUUGUCUCCCCAACAACUCCCACCUUCUCCACCGCUACAACUAAAACCAAAACCAGUCGUACAGACAGAAACACCACCCCAGAUUCCCAAUCCAUAACAACCAAAGAAAUUCCAAUCAAUUCAAACUCCAUUAAUGAAACCCUAAUAAUCCCAAUUCCAUCUAAACCUCCUCCGAUUACCGCUAUCGUUAAGAUACAAUCAACCUAUCGAUCUCACCUAAUUCGCAACAUGAUUAAGAAAAUCUCAUCGGUAAACAAAGAAGCAGAUGAAUUAGAAACCCAAAUUCAACAGCAAGAAACAGUUGAUAAGAUUCGAAGUAACGAGAAAGAGAAAUUAAGUAUGAAUGAAGCUUUGAUGCGUUUGUUACUGAAACUUGAUUCUGUGAGAGGGGUUUAUGAACCAGUUCGUGAAUUGAGAAGAAGGGUUAGUCGUAGAAUUGUAGGGUUACAAGAGAUUUUAGAUGCCAUUACUGAUGAAAGAGUUAGGGAUUCAGAUGAAUUGAUACGGACUUGGGAAGAUGUUGUUGCGGAAAUGGAAGGACGUGUUUGUGAAGAUUUGGCUGGGAGAAGAAUUAAUGGUGAUCAAGAGAGAUUUUUAAUGGAGAAAUAUUGUAUUGAAACUCUAGGAUUUCGGUGCUUGGAGAGAUUUUUCAGAGGGGUUUAAAAUUUCAUUCACUAAAUACUUCUUUUCUGGGGUGUACAGAUAGAUGCUUCUGUUCUGCCUUUUUUUUCCGGUGCCGGUCACCGUGAAAUACUUUGAUUUUUCAAAAUUGUCUAAUUUUCACAUCAUUGUUAAAAUGAACCAGUAAUUGCAUUGUAAAGUUCAUUUGCUCAUAUGUUUGGCUGGCUCCUCGGUAUAUGCAGCUGUUGGACAUGAGCGUUGCAAUGCAUCAAAAGUUAUAGAGGGAACGAAAAUGGAAUUGUAAAGUAAAUAUUUACAAUUAUAAAGUUAAUGGAAAUUUUAUGCAAAUUGAAUUCA